AUGUCGACACCAGCAAGAAGACGAUUAAUGAGAGACUUUAAAAAAUUACAAGAAGAUCCACCAGCAGGUGUAAGCGGAGCUCCUACCGAAGACAAUAUUUUAAUUUGGAAUGCGGUCAUAUUUGGACCUCAUGAUACACCUUUUGAAGACGGUACCUUUAAAUUAACGAUUCGGUUUACGGAAGAUUAUCCUAACAAACCUCCCGCAGUUAGAUUUGUCUCCAAAAUGUUUCAUCCUAAUGUUUAUGCGGACGGCGGGAUAUGCCUAGAUAUAUUACAAAAUAGAUGGAGUCCUACAUAUGAUGUGUCAGCUAUCCUCACUUCGAUACAAUCUCUUUUAGAUGAACCUAAUCCUAAUAGUCCUGCAAACAGCCUAGCUGCCCAAUUAUAUCAGCAGAAUAAACGUGAAUAUGAAAAGAAAGUUUCUGCUAUAGUAGAAGAAAGUUGGAUGAACGAAUAA